CUUCGAUCUUUUGCCUUUUUUUUUCUUUCUCUUCGCGCUUUUCACUCACAAGCGUCGUUUAGAUACCUUCCAUCUAUCGGUGAUGGUGAUGAUGAUGAUGGUGGUGGUGGCUAUCGACUGUCCGUGUGUAACUUUGUCGGCCCUCAUACUUCCAUUCUGUGGCGUGGAAAUAUCAAAAGCCACGUAUUCGACCGAGCACUCUGGCUUGUCGCGAUGCAUCUCGCUGACUCCAUCUCUGGCUUUGUCUUUACUCUGGCUCUGGCUUUGGCUCGGCUCUGGCUCUGGCCUGAGUCUUUCGUCCUCGAGCUACCUGCCGUAUGCUUUCGACUUACGCGUUCGCGGUGAGGCGAAUGCCCUCAGCGAAGCUUCCGGUACCUCUGCUUUGCCCUCCUUACGUUCAAUCGAUCACUCACAACCAAAAUACACACCACCCCUACCAGUUUCCGCCCGCCCACCACCACCACUACAUAUGAUUACCACCCACAUCUCCCCCUAGUCGAAAGUAAAGUCGUCUCGUCUUGGGUUGGUCUGGUAUGGCACGGUGUGGAUUAGGAUGGCUUGGAGAGGGGGAGUGCUGCGGUGGUGGUGGUGGAGGUGGUGGUGCUGCGGUCCUGCGGUGGUGCUGCGUGCGUCUUGCUUGGUUGUCGCUGGG